GAACAGCUCAGAUGGCCUCUCAGCGAGCGAUGGGCUCCCUCCUCUGUGGCCCAGGGAUCUUCCUCGUCUUCCUGGCAAUGGGCUGCAUGGCAAUUCCAGGGACCCAUUUGUGUACCACGGGAUCCAUUGAUGAAGCCACUAUCUGUGCCUCAGAGCAGAGCAUCAGUGAGGAGGCAGUCAGGGCAGCAUCCAGUGGGGACCAUUCCAACUGUCAGUUGACCUUGGCCCAGUAUGCCUGCAUCCCGAGGUCAUGGCUGCAGGUCUGGAAGGAAGAUUUUCUGACAUCCCUAUAUCCUUGCCUUGUGGACAGUGGCCCUCCCAGUGCCCUGGACCCUGCAUACUCUACCCUGCUCUUCUCCAAAAUUGACCUCCCUGUUCUUGAGGCUGCACUGGAGAAGUUUUCCCAGGAGUUCUCUGAAACGGUACUCUCAGACCAGUGGGCAGGGGUGUUGUUUAAUGGCCUGUGGGAAAGGCUGGGACCAACAUUCCAGGCCAGGGAAGCCCAGGCCACGUGGUCCCAGUGGCUGUCCCGCCUCCAGCCCUUCCUUCUGCACCUUGAAGCCUUUGACUGCCUGGCUGCCCAGAACACAUCCUGUGAGACUUUCCACAACCUCAUCUCAGCCCUGAACAACAUCUACUCAAGCCUCGAAGCAGAGAAACAGAGGAAGAUUUUUGAAGGCAUAGAAGCCUUCCUCCUGCAAGAGGACUCUGGGACCCACUGCCAGGAUGAGGCUGUGCGGGGCCUAAACUCAUCAUCCUGGUUGGCCAAUUACCUGGGUUUCUUCCUGGAAUGUGCCACUGAGGAGGAGCUCAAGAGAUUGGUGGAUGAAUCCAAGCUCCAGAUGUUAGCGAGAGAUCCUACCGCCCUCCACCUGGUCAGCCAGCUGCACCUGAUGCCCAACCUAGCCAACUUUUAUGCAACCCUACUCACGUCCCCACCUAGCCUUGACCUCUCCAGUAUCCCAGACACCCUCAUCUGUCACCUUAGUCCAGAGGCCUUGAGAAACACAGAGAUCGAGGAGGCCCUGGCCCUGGCCCAGAGACUCAAUGAGGUUUGCUUUGACCCACCUUCCCAGAUUGAUGGAAACAAGUCAGCUCCUGAACCCCCAUCUUGGGAAGCCAUACAGGUGGCAUCUGGGCUACUGAGCAGCUUUGGAAACUUUUCACCGGCCGUGUUGCAUAGACUGGGUCAAGCAGCCGUGGGGCUGUCAGUGCCACAGAUUGAGGGACAGAUCAGUGGCCAGGACUUGGUGGCUGCUUUGCCCACCCUAGCCCAGGUGAGGGGCUGGAGCCGUGGACAGGCUCGUGCCCUCACCCACAAGCUCUUGGACUCUGGCUAUGAGAUCUUGGAUGCCCAGAGUCUGGUAGCCCUGGGAAGCCUGGUGGGCGGCCUCAGCAGUGCUAGGCUCCAGAGCUUGGCCCCAGAUGUAGUCUUGGAAGCUGUGAAGGAGCCAGAAUUUGCUCAGCAUCUUACCCACAUCCAAGCCAUACUGAAAACUACAUUUGUGGAACAGCUGGCCUUGGCUGUCCCGAGCCCCAUUGCCCUUGUGCAGGCUGUGCCAGACUCACUCACCGAUGCCAUCCCCAGUGCAAUGCUGGCCUUCAACCCUGAUGACCAGCCCAGAUUUGAUGACCUCAACAGCCGAAGAUGGACUCCAGUACAGGCAGCCAUGUUUUUCGAUGAAGUGGUAAAGAACGUGUCUGACUUUAAUAGACUCUCUCCUUAUAUUUUACAUGGCUUCACAUGUGCAUCAGCCUUUAGCUUGGAUGUGGAGCAAGUCCAACAUCUGGCCAAGGUCAUGGAAAGGAAGAAGGUCAUGCUUGGGGCAGAGCAGUUGAGCUGUUUGGCCGAGAGAGUCACUGAGGAUGGCAUUCUCGAGGACUUGGACGACUACCCCAGGGAGAUGUUGCUGUUUCUAAGCCCUUCUGCCUAUACAAGGACUGGAGGCUGCAGAAAUUUCUUCAUUCGGGUGGGAGAGUCCAACCUGGAUGUUCUUCAGAAGGAUUCGCCCCUGAGAUCAAGACUACUCUCGGAGGCCCUGACUUGUCUGGGCAUUUCGGAUACACGAGUCAGCGAGGAGGACAUUCAAACCCUGGGCCGGCUGGCCUGUGACCUGGCGGGACGUUAUAUCAACAAUUCUGCAGAGGUGCUACUGCCUCGGCUGGAGCAUUGUGGUGGCCCCUUUAGCCCUGACCAGAAGGAGGCCUCCAGCAUGGCCCUACGUUCCGAAGAUUCUCCCUAUGGCCCCCCCUCCAGAUGGUCAGUAUCUACCCUGAAUGCCCUUAGGGGCCUGCUGCCGGUUUUUGACAGGCACAUUGUCCAGAACAUCCCCCAGAGUGUUGUGACCUCCUGGCUGAAACGUGCCCUCCCAGACCCCUCCUGGCCCCGGCAGAAUCUGAGAGCCUUCAUCCAAAACCUCCAGUCUUCCCGAUAUAGGAGGGCUGCCGCUCAGUGCCCAGAAAAAGAGAUCACAGAGAUAAAUGAUGACCUGGUGUUCAUGGAUGAGGAGCAGGUGAAGAGCUGUUUGAAUGCAUCUCUGCUGGCAGCCAACCUGGACAAACUAAAGGCCAUCCCCUUCACCUAUGACCAGGAAAUGAUCUUCAAGGCUAAACUGGAUGAGCUCUACCCAAAUGGGUACCCUGAGUUUGUGAUGAAUAACCUGGGCAGCCUCUUUAAACAUGUUACCCCUGAAGAAGUCAGGAAGUGGAAUGUGACCUCUGUGGAGACUCUGGAUGCCCUGCUCAAAGCCAGCUCUGAAAAUGAUGAUUUGGAUCUGGCAGUGAUUAACCGCUACAUCCAAGGUGGCGGGCCCCUCAAUGUCACCGCCCUGAAUGCCAUUGGUUCCAAAUACCUCUGCCGUCUGACCGAAGAGCAGCUCAGUACCAUAGAGCCAUCCGCCCUCAGAAUGGCCAAUCCCCUGAACCCAUCUGCCUGCUCCCAGUCACAACAGAAAAUCCUCUAUCCAAAGGCCAAAGCUGCCUUCCAAGGGAUACCAGAUGCAGAAUACUACAUGCGAAUCCGACCUUAUCUGGGUGGAGCCUCCACAGAAGAUCUUAAAGAACUCAGCCAAAAGAAUGUUAACAUGGACAUGAAAACAUUUAAGAAACUACAAGAAGCCACCAUCUUGCCAUUGACCCCAGAGGAGGUACGUGGACUCCUGGGACGAAACCUCAAGGAACUGAAGGCCGAAGAGAAAAACCCUCCAGUCCGAGGAUGGAUCCUUAAGCAGCGUCAGGAGAGCCUGGAUGCCUUGGGCAUUGGGCUCACCGGGGGGAUCCCCAAUGGCUAUUUCAUCAUCAGCCUCAGGAACAAAAAUUAGACAACAGCCUUCCUUUUGGGAAGGGGCCUGCAUAGGGCUUUGGCCUGCUUUCAUUCCAGGAAAUUAUAAA